CAUCUGGAAUGACUAAAUCGGAAGAAUUUGUAUCGAUUGUAAUGAUGAGGGAAAUGUUAAAUCUUCAAAAAGAAACAAUUAUAUCUUUUUUUCGGGAAUCAAUAUUAAGCACAAACCUAAAGUUUGAUAUUUUCCAAUCGAGUAUUCAAGAUAUUUGUCGCGAACUUGACGAUCUAAAAUCAGGGUUGAAUUUUGUUGGUGGAGUAUGCGAAGACAAGGUUAAAGCUGUAGGCGAAAAAAUAAAUAAAGUUUGUGAAGAUUUAACUAAUGUCAGAAAAAUGCAGGGAAAAAUAUCCUCGGACAAUACGGAACUAAAACUAAAAAGCGUAGAUAAUGAAGAUCGAAACAGGCGCAAUAACUUAAGAAUCGAUGGGAUUAUUGAAACAAAUGAAGAAAAGGAUUGGGAUAUAACUAAAGAAAAAAUAAAACAGUUUUUUAACGUAAAACUUGGAAUCGAGAAAGAUAUUAAAAUUGAACGAGCUCAUCGAGUAGGGCUCGCUAAAUUAGAACGAGAGCGAACCAUUGUACUAAAGCUUAGAGAUUUUGAAGAUAAAAAAUUAAUCUUAGAAAAUGCAAUAAAAUUAAAGAGGAGUAAUAUUUUUAUAAAUGAAGAUUAUAGUUUUACAACUCGUAAAAUACGCAAAGAACUUUUUGAGCAGGCGAAGCUUCAUCGUCAAAUUGGUCAUUAUGCUAAAGUCGUGUACAAUAAACUUAUUGUUCAUGAAUUUAAAGAAAACAUCCACAAAGUAGUUAACUUGACGCAUGGAAAUGAAGCAAUCGAACGCAACGAAGCUGUUUGUUUGACGCUCGGAAACGACUUUAUCGUACGCAAGUACGACAGACAAAGGACUGCCGCGUUCGAUCUGCAAUAUAGCGCACGAAAUGAAUAGCUGAUCUUCUGGACACCCGGCAAUAAGUAGUCCAAACAUCACUGAAACCAACCUGAUAGUCCAAAAAUACCGUAUCGGAAAGUUUUUUUUUUCCUAUUUGACCAGCUUUUUUGAGAUCUGACCCACUGUGCGGCGGUCUAAAUCAGGAUGACGGAGGUUACGUCACAACUUCCUUUUGGAAACCUAUGUCUCGGUAUUUAAAUGAAAAGAAACUAUUGCAUUGAUUUGUUUUGUUUUUAUUUUUUUUU